AGAUUCCAAAGCCAUUGUGGAUGGAAACCUUAAGCUGAUCCUGGGUCUGAUCUGGACUCUCAUUCUACACUACUCCAUUUCUAUGCCUAUGUGGGAAGAUGAGGAUGAAGAAGAUGCAAAAAAACAAACUCCCAAACAAAGACUUCUGGGAUGGAUUCAGAACAAGAUUCCACAGCUUCCUAUCACCAACUUUCACCGGGACUGGCAAGACGGCAAAGCAUUGGGUGCCCUGGUUGACAACUGUGCUCCAGGUCUGUGCCCGGAUUGGGAGGCCUGGGACCCCAACCAGCCUGUGGAGAACGCAAGAGAGGCAAUGCAACAGGCUGAUGAUUGGCUAGGUGUGCCACAGGUCAUUGCUCCUGAAGAAAUUGUUGACCCCAAUGUAGAUGAGCAUUCAGUCAUGACCUACCUUUCCCAGUUCCCCAAGGCCAAGCUGAAGCCAGGUGCUCCUCUAAGAUCAAAACAGUUGCAUCCCAAGAAAGCCAUUGCCUAUGGGCCAGGAAUUGAGCCUCAGGGAAACAUGGUUUUGAAACCCGCCUUCUUCACAGUAGAAACUAUUGAGGCUGGACUGGGAGAGGUGCUGGUAUUUAUAGAAGAUCCUGAAGGACAUACUGAAGAGGCAAAGGUUGUUCCCAACAAUGACAAAAAAAGAACCUACUCAGUCAGCUAUGUGCCAAAGGUGGCAGGUCUUCACAAGGUCACAGUUUUAUUUGCUGGACAGAACAUCAAUAAAAGUCCUUUCAAUGUCAAUGUUGCAAUGGCACUUGGAGAUGCCAACAAAGUGACAGCAAGGGGACCCGGUCUUGAACCAGUGGGGAAUGUUGCAAAUAAGCCAACCUACUUUGAUAUCUACACCGCAGGUGCUGGUUCAGGUGAUGUUGGGGUGAUCAUAGUUGAUCCUCAAAAUCGUCAAGACACAGUGGAAGUAAUCUUGGAAGACAAAGGUGAUAGCAUCUAUCGCUGCACAUACAGACCCAACAUGGAAGGACCUCACAAGAUCUACAUAUCCUUUGCUGGCACCCAGAUUCCAAAGUGUCCUUAUGUUGUUAAUAUUUCAGAAGCUUGUAAUCCCAAUGCCUGCAGAGCUUCUGGCCGAGGACUGCAGCCUAAAGGAGUACGUGUUAAGGAAGUGGCUGACUUCAAAGUGUUCACCAAGGGUGCAGGAAGCGGAGAGCUGAAAGUCACUGUUAAAGGGCCCAAGGGCACAGAGGAGCCAGUGAAAAUCCGAGAUGUUGGCGAUGGAGUGUAUGAGUGUGACUAUUACCCAAUAAUGGCAGGAAAAUAUGUUGUGACCAUCACUUGGGGUGGAUACGCCAUUCCUAGAAGCCCAUUUGAAGUUCUUGUUAGCCCUGAGGUAGGAGUACAGAAAGUUAGAGCAUGGGGCCCUGGCCUCGAGACUGGCAUGGUGGGCAAAUCUGCUGAUUUUGUGGUGGAAGCCAUAGGCACAGAGGUUGGAACACUUGGUUUCUCCAUUGAGGGCCCCUCACAGGCAAAGAUUGAGUGUGAUGACAAGGGAGAUGGCUCAUGUGAUGUGCGCUACUGGCCCACUGAGCCUGGCGAGUAUGCUGUGCAUGUAAUCUGUGAUGAUGAGGACAUCAAGGACAGCCCUUUCAUUGCUCAUAUUCUACCAGCCAGCAACAAAGGCUUUCCAGAAAAGGUUAAGGCAUAUGGUCCAGGUCUGGAACCCACUGGCUGCAUAGUAGAACACCCUGCUGAAUUUACUAUUGAUGCCCGUGCUGCUGGUGUAGCUGAGCUGAAGAUCUAUGCACAGGACGCAGAGGGAACACCAAUUGACAUCAAGAUUAAGGACAAUGGAGAUAAUACUUAUGUGUGUGUUUAUGUACCAUUGAAAGCAAUCAAACACACUAUAAUCAUCUCAUGGGGAGGUGUUAAUAUCCCCAAUAGCCCUUACCGGGUGUCAGUGGGUGAGGGUAGUCACCCUAACAAAGUUAAAGUUUAUGGACCUGGAGUAGAAAAGACAGGCCUAAAAGCUAAUGAGCCAACAUACUUCACUGUGGAUUGCAGUGAAGCAGGACAAGGUGAUGUCAGCAUUGGAAUUAAGUGUGCACCUGGUGUGGUGGGACCAGCUGAAGCAGAUAUUGACUUUGACAUCAUCAAAAAUGAUAAUGACACUUUCACUGUGAAAUACACACCCCCUGGAGCUGGGAGAUAUACCAUAAUGGUAUUAUUCGCUGACCAGGAAAUACCAAUCAGCCCCUUCCGGGUGAAGGUAGAUCCAUCUCAUGACGCCAGCAAAGUACGAGCAGAAGGCCCAGGACUUAAUCGCACAGGUGUAGAGGUUGGAAAGCCAACACACUUCACUGUAUACACUAAAGGAGCUGGAAAAGCUAAGCUGGAUGUUCAGUUCAGUGGGACCAUGAAGGGUGAAGUUGUGCAAGACUUUGAAAUAAUUGAUAACCAUGACUAUUCAUACACUGUGAAGUAUACAGCUGUGCAACAGGGUAAUAUAACCGUAUCAGUCACCUAUGGCGGAGAUCCCAUCCCUAAGAGUCCAUUUAUUGUUACUGUGGCACCUCCUCUGGACCUGGGCAAAGUCAAAGUGCAGGGGCUCAACAACAAGGUGGAUGUUGGGAAGGACCAAGAGUUCACCAUUAAUACCAGUGGAGCAGGAGGUCAAGGAAAGGUUGAUGUGAAGAUUACAUCUCCAUCACGGCGUCCAAUUCCUUGCAAGGUGGAGACUGGUGUCACUAGUGAGAUUCACACCGUAAAAUACAUGCCUCCUGAGGAGGGUCCAUACAAGGUGGACAUUAGCUAUGAUGGCCAUCCUGUACCAGGAAGCCCAUUCACCGUAGAGGCUGUCAUGCCUCCCGAUCCUUCCAAGGUUCGUGCCUAUGGACCAGGCCUUAAAGGUGGGUUUGUGGGCAAGCCAGCACCAUUUGCAAUUGACACCAAAGGAGCUGGUACAGGAGGUCUUGGUCUUACUGUUGAAGGACCAUGUGAGGCCAAGAUUGAGUGCCAAGACAAUGGAGAUGGUGUUCCUGUUCAGUAUCCUACCUCCCCACAGAACCAGGGGAAUAUUCCAUCAAUAUCUUGUUUGCAGAAGCCCACAUUCCUGGUUCCCCUUUCAAGGCUGACAUUCGACCUGUGUUUGAUCCCAGCAAAGUGACAGCCAGUGGACCUGGUUUAGAAAAAGGGAAAGCAGGAGAAGUGGCCACCUUCACAGUGGACUGCUCAAAAGCUGGUGAAGCUGAGCUCACCAUUGAGAUUCUUUCAGAUUCCGGUGCAAAAGCUGAAGUGCUGAUCCAAAAUAACAGCGAUGGCACCUAUAGCAUCACCUACAUCCCAUCAUGCCCUGGGGCUUACACAAUCACCAUUAAAUAUGGAGGACACGCAGUACCUAAAUUCCCUGUCCGUGUAAACGUUGAACCAGCAGUGGACACCAGUGGAGUAAAGGUGUUUGGUCCAGGAGUAGAGCCCAGAGGUGUUCUGCGUGAAGUCAACACAGAAUUUACUGUUGAUGCGCGGUCUCUAACCAAAACAGGUGGCAGUCAUGUCACCACCCGUAUCAUUAGUCCUUCAAAUGCUGUCACAGAAAGCUUUAUAUCUGACAAUGGAGAUGGAACCUAUCAUGUGCAGUAUACAGCAUAUGAGGAUGGGAUUCAUUUGGUAGAGGUUCUGUAUGAUGAUGUUCCUGUACCUAAAUGCCCAUUCCGCGUUGGUGUAACAGAGGGCUGCGAUCCAUCCCGCGUGCGAGCAUAUGGCCCAGGGCUAGAAGGUGGACUGCUUAACAAGUCCAAUCGUUUCACAGUUGAGACCAGGGGUGCAGGCACUGGAGGUCUUGGACUUGCAAUUGAAGGUCCAUCUGAAGCAAAAAUGUCAUGUAAGGACAAUAAGGAUGGCAGCUGUAGUGUAGAGUACAUCCCUUUCACACCAGGAGAGUAUGAUGUCAACAUUACAUUUGGUGGGCGACCAAUCCCAGGAAGCCCUUUCCGUGUGCCAGUGAAGGAAGUUGUGGAUCCUAGCAAAGUGAAGUGUUCAGGUCCCGGUUUGGGGGCUGGUGUGAGAGCACAUGUCCCACAGACCUUCACUGUAGACUGUAGCAAGGCUGGACUUGCACCAUUGGAAGUGUUGGUACAAGGACCAUCAGGUCUUGCAGAGCCAGUUGAUGUAAGAGAUAAUGGUGAUGGAACUCACACAGUAAACUACACCCCAGCUUCAGAUGGACCAUACACUGUAUCCGUUAAAUAUGCAGACCAGGAAGUACCAAGGAGCCCCUUUAAGAUCAAAGUGUUGCCAACCCAUGAUGCAAGCAAAGUACGUGCUAGCGGCCCAGGUCUCAACUCAGCUGGUAUACCAGCCAGCUUGCCUGUGGAAUUUACCAUUGAUGCCCGGGAUGCUGGUGAGGGGCUGCUUACUGUUCAGAUUCUGGACCCAGAAGGAAAGCCAAAGAAAGCCAAUAUUCGUGGAAAUGGUGAUGGUACCUACACAGUAUCCUAUGUACCAGACAUGGCAGGAAGAUACACUAUUACAAUUAAGUAUGGCGGAGAUGAAAUUCCCUACUCUCCUUUCCGUAUUCUUGCAGUACCUACUGGAGAUGCCAGCAAGUGUUUAGUGACAGUGUCUAUUGGUGGGCAUGGAUCAGGAGCCUGUCUUGGACCCACCAUUCAGAUCGGGGAAGAAACUGUCAUUACAGUAGAUGCUAAAGCUGCAGGAAAGGGAAAAGUGACCUGCAAGGUAUCCACACCUGAUGGAGCAGAGCUUGACGUGGAUGUAGUGGAAAACCAAGAUGGCACUUUUGAUAUUUACUACACAGCACCAGAACCUGGGAAGUAUGUCAUCACCAUCCGCUUUGGUGGGGAACAGAUUCCCAACAGUCCGUUCCAUGUGCUGG